CUAUACGUCACGCUAGGUUUCUUGUUGGCAUUGACUGCUUAGUGCCCAACAUGGAAGGAAAAAACAGUUCAGAACUAGAGGGACCAAGUUUAGCCAGGGACAUUCUACAGGACGAAUGUUAUACAGAUUUUCUAAAGGAUGAAUUUGAUGUUAAAAUUUACACCUCCCAGUCUAUUCAUCAAGCUGUGAUAGCAGAACAGUUGGCAAAGCUUGCUCAAGGUAUCAGUCAGCUGGAUAAAGAGCUUCACUUCCAGGUUGUUGCAAGACAUGAAGAUCUUCUGGCCCAGGCCACAGGAAUUGAAUCUUUAGAAGGUGUUCUCCAGAUGAUGCAGACUAGAAUUGGAGCCUUGCAAAGCGCAAUUGAUAGAAUUAGAGCAAAAAUUGUUGAUCCUUAUAACAAAAUUGUGUCUCGAACCGCACAGCUGGCUCGUCUACAGUCGGCGUGUGAUUUGCUGAGGAGAAUUAUACGCAUCUUGUAUCUCAGUAAGAGACUUCAGGGACAGUUACAAGGGGGAAGUCGCGAGAUUACCAAAGCUGCACAGAGUCUCAAUGAACUUGAUUAUCUUUCUCAAGGCAUGGACCUGUCAGGUAUAGAAGUGAUUGAGAACGAUCUCCUCUUCAUCGCUAGAGCUCGCCUUGAAGUGGAAAACCAAGCCAAGCGUUUGCUGGAGCAAGGAGUUGAGACUCAGAAUCCAACUCAAGUGGGGACAGCUCUUCAAGUUUUCUACAACCUGGGAGCCUUGAAGGAUAUCAUUAAUAGUGUUGUGGAUGGCUAUUGUACUUCCCUUGAUGAAAACAUCAACAAUGCAUUAGAUAUCAAAAUCCUGACUCAAACAUCGCAAACUGUUCAAAGAGGGGCCCCAGGGCGAGCAGCAAUUCCACAGCCAGGAAACACUGCAGCGUUUCGAGCUGCUCUUUGGACAAAUAUGGAGAAAUUAAUGGACCAAAUUUAUGCGGCCUGUGUUCAGGUGCAACAUCUCCAGAAAGUGCUGACCAAAAAAAGAGACCCCGUAUCCCAUGUAUGUUUUAUUGAUGAAAUUGCAAAGGUUGGCCAAUCUGAUAUUCUGUACACAUUUUGGAAUUCUGUUACUCAAAUACUUUCAUCUCAGUUCGAAAAGGCAACAAACUCUUCGAUGUUUCUGAAGCAGGCGUUUGAAGGAGAAUACCCCAAACUGCUGAGACUUUAUAAUGAUUUGUGGAAGCGACUUCAACAAUACAGUCAGAAUUUACAGGGCUCAUUUACAAGUAACGGAAGCGCUGAUCUUGUUUCCGAGGUUCACCCGAUUGAUGAUGAUUCACAGGACAUGUUUACAAUGAAAAAGAUAGAUAAUGAUCCCGAAAAAAUGCUGAAAGACUCGCUGCAACCUUAUGAAGCGGCGUAUCUAUCAAAGUCUUUAUCUCGUCUGUUUGAUCCAAUCAAUUUGGUGUUUCCACCUGGAGGUCGUAACCCCCCUUCUGCUGAUGAACUUGAUAGCAUCAUUAAAACCAUUUCAAGUGAAAUGAACGUGGCUUCGGUGGAUUCUCACCUCUGUUCUGCAGUCUCCAAAAAUGUGGCUAAGACAAUACAACUUUUUAGUGUCAAGUCAGAACAGCUGUUGUCUACACAAGGAGAAGCAAGUCAAGUGAUCGGGCCUCUUACCGAAGGGCAAAGAAGAAAUGUGGCUGUGGUGAAUUCAUUGUAUAGACUUCACCAAUCUAUCCAAAAGGUUAUAUCUGGACAAAGUGCACUCCCGCCAACUGCUAAGGAAACGAUUUCUGCUGCCUUAAAGGUAAUAUAUAGUCUUAUGGGAAGUGCUGUUCAACCAUUACUAAAUUCAGUAGGAGACUCAGUGGAGGCUAUCAUUAUAACCAUGCAUCAAGAAGACUUCUCUGGUAAUGUAACAAACUCAGGAAAACCAGACGUACCAUGUUCUUUAUACAUGAAAGAAUUACAAGGCUUCAUUUCAAGGGUGAUGAGUGACUAUUUCCGACAUUUUGACUGUCUAGACUUUGUUUAUGACCAUACUGAAGCAAUUGCACAAAGAGCCAUUGAGGUUUUCAUACGAAAUGCAAGUUUGCUACGACCUCUGGGUGAAGGUGGAAAAAUGAGACUUGCUGCUGAUUUUGCACAGAUGGAAUUAGCGGUGGCUCCUCUGUGCAGGAGAGUUUCUGAUCUUGGAAAAUCAUACAAGCUUUUGCGAUCCUUCAGGCCUUUGCUCUUCCAGACCAGUGAACAUAUUGCUAGCAGCACAUCUCUAGGGGAUAUUAUCCCGUACAGCGUUAUUCUACAAUUCUUAUUUACACGGGCACCUCCAGAACUGAAAUCACCCUACCAGAGAGCUGAAUGGUCGAUUGCUCGUUAUUCCCAGUGGCUUGACGAUCAUCCAUCUGAGAAAGACAGGCUUCUUCUUAUUAGGGGAGCACUUGAAGCUUACAUGCAAUCUGUCAAAGCUAGAGAAGGAAAGGAAUUUGCACCAGUUUAUCCUAUAAUGGUUGAAGUGCUUCAGAAAGCAAUGUCGUCACUGCAGUAACUAUUCUGAAAGGCUACAGCCGUCUAAAGCUAUACUGGAUAGAUGAGAAUAUGCCAGAAGGGAAAAUGAUAAUUUAAGAUGUGAUUGGUACCCCCAUUCCCCUCCCCACAAGAGCUAUAAUAAUAAAAAAAAGGUGGUUUUCUGUAUGCGGAUAAUAAAAAAUAGUUUAAGUAUAAAUAUAUUCAUGAUCACAAGACGCUUUAUGCAAUACAUUUUGUUUACUUAAUAAAUUUGUUACAAAUA